AUCGAAACCACUAGCAAUUGGUUCCCCGUUUUAUCCAUUAAAUAAGAGAUUGGGUCCAGCCGUGCAUAAAGUCAAUCAAAAUGACGACCAGAUUUAAGAAUUGUCGUAAACUUAGAGGCCAUGUAUCACAUGGACAUGGUAGGGUUGGGAAACAUCGUAAACACCCCGGUGGUCGUGGUAAGGCUGGUGGUUUCUCUCAUCAUCGUAUACUUUUUGAUAAAUUCCACCCUGGUUACUUCGGAAAAGUUGGUAUGCGUUAUUUCCACAAGAUCAAGAAUCGUUACUUUUGCAGAACCGUAAAUGUUGACCACCUAUGGUCCAUGGUACCGCAAGCCGACAUCGAGGCAGCUGCCAAGGAAGUUGGCAAAGCCCCUGUUUUGGAUGUUGUUCAGAAGGGUUACUUUAAGGUUUUGGGUAACGGAACCAUGCCCAAAAAGCCACUUAUCGUCAAGGCUAGAUACUUCAGCAAGCUGGCUGAGAAGAAGAUCAAAGAGGCUGGCGGAGCAUGUGUGCUCGUAGCCUAAAUUACAACAACAUAUGGCUAACUGUGAUUGCAAUCAUAUUGUAUGCGUGUUU